AUGUCUCGCCCUACCGGCCUUGUUGCCUCCAAGGGCAUCGAGCUGCUCACCUGGGGCACCCCCAACGGCUUCAAGGCCAGCAUCCUGCUCGAGGAGCUCAAGGACGCCUACGGCCUGCAAUACACCGCCCAAGCCAUCAACAUCGGCCAAAACGUCCAGAAGGAGCCCUGGUUCACCGCCAUCAAUCCCAACGGCCGCAUUCCCGCCAUCGUCGACCAUGACAACGCCGGCCUGGCCGUCUUCGAGGGCGCCGCCAUCCUGUCCUACCUGACCCGCCGCUACGACCGGGACCACCGCUUCAGCUUCGCCCCGGACGACGACGACUACACCCGCGCCGAGAGCUGGAUCGCAUGGCAGCAUGGAGGACUCGCCCCGAUGCAGGGCCAGGCGAACCACUUCGUCCGCGCCGCCAAGGAAAAGAUCCCCUAUGCCAUGCAGCGCUACGUCGGUGAGACGGAGCGCCUCUACGGCAUCCUCGACGCCCGCCUCGCCGACCGGGACUACGUCGUCGGCCCGGGCCGCGGCAGGUACACCAUCGCCGACAUUGCCCUGCUCGGCUGGGUCGACUUCUUGCCCCUGACCACCGUCUCCGUCGCCCAGUUCCCCGCCGUCCACGCCUGGCUGCGCCGCUGUCGGGACCGCCCGGCCGUCCAGCGCGGCUUUGCCGUGCCCUCGCCCUCCAGCAUCUCGGCCCUCAAGACCGACGAGGGCGAGGCUGCCGCCAAGUCCCAGGAGCUCAAGAAGCUCGUCGACCAGGCCAAGGAGCAGUAUGGCUACAAGUACACGUCUCCGUAA